UUGUUUUUAUUCUGCAUGUGAUCAGGCAAAUGAAGGAAAACACUGCUUUGCAGGAGAAGCUUUUUGAAGCAGAGAUGGCAAUUAAUUUAGCAGAGUCGUUUUUGCCAACUUUUAAAGACCUCAUUGAUGGAAAGACAAACGUGUGUAAACUUCCUACAUCAGAGAUGACAAUUAUUUCUAUACAAGAGGAUUUGCUGAUAAAAGAAUUAGAAACACUCAAAAGCACAAAAAGAUUGUUGUGGCUUUUACUGCAAACAAGAGAACGUGUAAGAUUAUCUAAAUUAAGCAAUAAAAACAUUGACAUUUUGAUGCAGAAGUUAAGUGAAAGUGAAACCCAAAAUACUAAUCUGAGGAGAGAAAUGCUUGAAAGAGAAAACUAUGUUAAAGAACUUGCAUCUAGGCUUCAGCUUGAAAAAGUCAAUGUACAGCAAGCAGACCACCUGACAAGAUCAGUAAAAGCAGUACAAACUCACCUCCAAUGCCAGAUUCAAAAGAAGGAAGUGGAGAAUGGUGAAUUAAAAGCAAAAAUACAGACCCUAGGAAAAAAAAUAGCAGAGUGGAAGCUUCAAGCUGGUGAAUGCAAACACCAGAUUUUAGCCUUAAGGCAAACAAGUGAGCAAAAGAAGACUGCUCUGAAAAAGGCAACCAGGUCCCAGAAACAAAAAGCUAAAUGCUUGGAAGCGGUUGUGGAAAAUAUAACCUCCAGAAUAAGGGAACGUGAAGUCAAACUGUUUGAGAUAAUGUCCACUUCCAAUGUCUGGAAAAACCAACAUGAUAAGGUAUUAGAAGAAAAGACCAUGUUAGAAAUUCAAGCAGAAGAUCUUAAGAAGCAGAUUACAAGCCUUUUGGAAGAUCUGAAAAAAAAGGAGGAAUGCAGAAGAAACUCAAAUGAGGAAAUUCUUGCCAAGCUAAGUUCUGUCAACUCUGAAAAUGAAAACAUUAACCUUGAAAAUGAAAAUUUAAAGGCUUCCCUUGCUGUAUUGAAAACCAAUACUAUUUCUGUUGAAACUGAACUGCUAGACCUACAAGAAAAAACAAAGCUGCAGGAAAACCUUGUUGAACAGUAUAAAAAUCAGGUGCAAAAAUUACAGGGAGAAGCAGAAGAACUGAAAUCUAGAUAUGAAACAGUGUUACAUGAAAACAAAACAAUAAAAGAAACCAAAUGCUUAGAAGUAGAUAAGGUGAGGGGCAAAAUGGAGGCCGACUUAAAGGAGUUAGAACAUGUUCGGGACUUGCUGAAAGCAGCUGAAGAAAAGCUGCAAGAAUAUCAGGAAAACCUUAUGUCUUGUCAAAGGACCCACGCGCAGAAGUGCAAAACCCUUAGGGAACUGCAGGCUCAGGAGGAAGACAAUACAGCUUCCUUGUGCAGUCAUUCCUUGGAAGAAAAGAACUGUAACAUUCAGAAGAAAUAUGAAGAUCUUAAAAGACAGCUGGAAAAGAUGGAAUAUCAAAAUGAAGAACUUGCCAAUCAGCUCAGAAAACAAGAUGAGAGUCUUCAGUGCAGCAAACUGCAACUUAAAGAGAAAAUUGCAGAAUGUGAUGGUUUAGCCAGACAACUGGAAUCUGCUUUGGAGGAAGGGAGAAAAAUGGUAUCUGAAGAAAUGGAAAAAAUAUCAUACAGGCAACAAGCUCUUCAGACCAAAGUGCUAGUUCUUGAAACUGAAUUAAGAGAGAAAGAAGAAGAGAAAAAACAACUUCUCUGUACACUUUAUCAUAAUGAAAGGCACCAGGAAGUAUGCUUGAAAGAGAUGGAGAACAGCCUACAGAAGUCAGAAAACAAGACCCAGAGCAUACAGAAUUAUGUGGAAUUUUUGAAAGCCUCAUAUGUAACAAUGUUUGGUUGAAUUCUUUCUUUUCAUUUAUUAU